UCUAUUGGCGGAAAAGAAGUUAGUCGCUGAUCGCGGUAGUACAAUCCGGUAGUAUAUAAGGGCGACUCUUCCGCACUGAUCAUUCAUUAUAAGCGGAUGGCAUAGCAAGGCAUCACGGUGCAACUUUGUGCGUAUUAAUCCACUCUUGGAAAAUUAGCGUUUCCUCUUCUCACCCUCUCACGACACUUUUGGUGGACUUGAUAAUUGCCAAACUGUUUUCCGCUUCUCGGUACAAAGCGUACUUGUAUCUAAAAUUUGAUUUUUCACUUACACCCGGUGAACAUCUCUGCGAUACGGUCCGAUCGCUUUACGAUUCGCCCGCGGAUAAAAAGUUAAAAACCAACUGAGUCUUAUCGCGGAAGAGAAUCCCGACUGAAUCUAACAUCGCGGAAGAGAAUCCCGAUUGAAUCUAGCAUCGCAGAAGCGAAUCCGAUUGAAUUUGGCGAUUGAAUCUCUGACGUCUCUCGUACUAGCAGUGCAAAAAUAUGAUCGUUCUGGCAGUUUUGAUCGCAGAAUGGUCAUUUUUGACUAUUUUUCUAUCGAUCUGCAUGGUUACGCUCUCGGUGGCAUUGAUGGUACGGAGGGCCAAGUUUUUGUAUGCCUUAAAGAACGUGCCAUAUCCCACAGCGUUGCCGAUUGUCGGUAACGCUUAUCAACUCAACUGCACACAAGAAGUAUUCUUUCAGCGGUUGAUAAAAUGGGCUAACAAGUUUGGUGACAUUUAUCUAGUCUGGGUGGGCAUGCGGCCUUUCAUUUUUCUUUAUCGAAUAGAAUCAGUGCAACCUCUUCUUAGCAGCAGCGUACACAUUGAUAAAAGUCUAGAAUACCAAUACUUGAAGCCUUGGUUGGGUACGGGACUGGUAACAAGUUCUGGUGAGAAAUGGCACUUUCGCAGGAAGCUGCUGACGCCAACCUUUCACACUGGCCUCCAGGAGACAUAUUUAAAAACUAUAAAAGAAGAGACGAAUGUUCUAAUUUCCUGCCUUGAAAAAGAAGUGGACAAAUGGUUUGACAUUGUUCCGUUUGCGAAACGCGCCGCUCUUGAUAUUAUAUGCGAUACUGCGAUGGGUUACAAGCUUAACUCGCAAAAGAACUUCAAAGUUGACUACGUCGAGGCUGUAGAUAAGAUUGCAUCUAUUGUGCAAAUGCGCUUCACAAAUGUAUGGUUAUCAUUUGAUUCAAUUUUCAAAUUAACUAAGUCAGGCAAAGAGCACGACCAUUCACUUCAAAUCAUACAGGAAUUUGUCAACAAGGUAAUUGUAAAAAGAAAAGCCGAAUGGAAAAGCGAUAUCAACUUCAACAAUUUAAAGAAGAGACGAGCCCUGCUAGAUUUAUUAUUGCAAAUAUCACAAAAUGGCACUGUCCUUUCGGACGAAGACAUUUGUGAAGAAGUCAAUACUUUUAUGUACGCUGGACACGAUACGAUGGCCACCACCAUAUCAUGGACACUUUAUGCGCUAGGACGAAACCCCGAAUAUCAGCAAAAAAUUUUAGAGGAAUACAAUGAUAUGAUGGUGAACACGGAUGAAAUUACAUUGGAAAAUAUACACAAAUUAACAUGGUUGGAAGCUUGCAUCAAGGAACAGUGGAGACUAUAUCCUGUGGCUCCACUUAUAGCAAGACAAAUUUACAAACCAAUCGAAAUAAUGGGCAGUCAAAUUCCACCGGGCUCGACAGUUCUCAUCAACUCCUAUUUACUACAUCGUGACGACCGUUUUUUCCCAGAGCCGCACAUUUAUCGUCCGGAGCGAUUCUUGCCCGAUGGCCCCAAGUUACCUCCUUACGCUUUCAUACCCUUUAGCGCUGGCUCGCGCAAUUGCAUUGGCUGGAAAUUUGCCACAUUAGUAGUUAAAGUGGCCAUCUUAUCUGUGCUGAAAACCUUUCGUGUGGAAGCUCUCGAUAAAGAGGAUGAAUUGCGUUUUAUAUCGGAAUUGGUGUUGGUCAACGCAAACGGACUUCGUCUUAAAAUCACACCGCGUUAAAAUCACACUGCGAACAUUCUUCUCUUCUUUUCUCUCCGUACUAAGGAAAAAAUCAAUGCUCAAAAAAGAGUUCAU